CCUGGGCGGCCCUGGCGCGAGCCCGGGCGCGGACUACGACUCCCGCCAGGCGCCGCGGCGUAGCGCAUGAGCCCUGUACAACUCCGGCGCGUCUAUUAUGCUGCCGGGGCCGGCGAGCCAAAGAGGAGCCGGCCGCGCGGGCCGGGAGCAGACGGCGCUGGAGCCGCCUAGGCCAAGUGCCUGAUUGGGCCCAGCAAUGGGAUGCCAAGCCUCUACGAGGAGCGCCUCUUUGAGCUGCUGCUGUGACAGCAAGUGACUAAGCUGCCAGAGGAUGUCCACUACUACAGCGGCUGCCCCCACGGGGAUCCCGGCUGUCCCGGGCCCUGUGAACCCUCCCCCACCUGAGGUCUCCAACCCCAGCAAGCCCGGCCGAAAGACUAACCAACUGCAGUACAUGCAGAAUGUAGUGGUGAAGACACUCUGGAAACAUCAGUUUGCCUGGCCUUUCUACCAGCCUGUGGAUGCAAUCAAGCUGAACCUGCCUGAUUAUCAUAAAAUAAUAAAAAACCCAAUGGACAUGGGGACUAUCAAGAAGAGACUAGAAAAUAAUUAUUAUUGGAGUGCCAGUGAGUGUAUGCAGGACUUCAACACCAUGUUUACAAACUGUUAUAUUUAUAAUAAGCCCACAGAUGAUAUAGUGCUAAUGGCCCAGGCCUUAGAGAAAAUCUUUCUGCAGAAAGUGGCCCAGAUGCCUCAGGAGGAAGUUGAACUAUUGCCCCCUGCUCCAAAGGGCAAAGGCCGGAAGCCAGCUGCAGGAGCCCAAAAUGCAGGUUCACAACAAGUGGCAGCUGUGUCUUCGGUCUCCCCAGCAACCCCCUUCCAGAACAUACCCCCCACCGUAUCCCAGACACCCGUCAUUGCCGCCACCCCUGUACCAACCAUCACUGCAAAUGUCACGUCAGUUCCAGUCCCCCCACCUGCUGCACCACCUCCUCCUGCGACACCCAUCGUCCCUGUGGUCCCUCCCACACCGCCUGUAGUCAAGAAAAAGGGCGUGAAGCGGAAAGCAGACACAACUACACCCACAACGUCCGCCAUCACUGCCAGCCGGAGUGAGUCUCCCCCGCCACUUUCAGAGCCCAAGCAAGCCAAGGUAGUGGCCCGAAGGGAGAGUGGGGGCCGCCCCAUCAAACCUCCCAAGAAGGACCUAGAAGAUGGUGAGGUCCCACAGCAUGCGGGUAAAAAGGGAAAACUGUCCGAGCACCUGCGGCACUGUGACAGCAUCCUCCGGGAGAUGCUGUCCAAGAAGCAUGCUGCCUAUGCGUGGCCCUUUUACAAGCCAGUGGACGCGGAGGCGCUGGAGCUGCAUGACUACCAUGACAUCAUCAAGCAUCCCAUGGACCUCAGUACAGUCAAAAGGAAGAUGGAUAGCCGCGAGUACCCAGAUGCACAGGGCUUCGCUGCUGAUAUCCGGUUAAUGUUCUCAAAUUGUUAUAAGUACAACCCUCCAGACCACGAAGUGGUGGCCAUGGCCAGGAAGCUCCAGGAUGUGUUUGAGAUGAGGUUUGCCAAGAUGCCCGAUGAGCCCAUGGAGGCGCCUGCGCUGCCCGCUCCCACAGCCCCCAUCGUGAGCAAAGGGGCUGAGAGCAGCCGCAGUAGUGAGGAGAGCUCUUCAGAUUCAGGCAGCUCAGACUCAGAAGAGGAGCGAGCCACUCGGCUGGCUGAGCUGCAGGAGCAGACUGGCUGCGGAGCCUUCCAGGAUCAGCUGUUGAAUGUCUCCUCUGUGCAGCUGAAGGCCGUGCACGAACAGCUGGCUGCCUUGUCUCAGGCCCCAGUGAACAAACCAAAGAAGAAGAAGGAGAAGAAGGAAAAGGAAAAGAAGAAGAAAGAUAAGGACAAAGACAAAGAGAAAGAGAAGCACAAGGCCAAGUCCGAGGAGGAGAAGAAGGCCAAGGCAGCCCCAGCAGCCAAGCAGGCCCAGCAGAGGAAGGCUCCCACCAGGAAGGCCAACAGCACGACUGCAGCCAGCAGACAGCUCAAGAAGGGCGGCAAGCAGGCGUCUGCAUCCUAUGACUCAGAGGAAGAGGAGGAGGGCCUGCCCAUGAGUUAUGAUGAAAAGCGGCAACUUAGCCUGGACAUCAACCGGCUGCCUGGCGAGAAGCUAGGACGUGUGGUGCACAUCAUUCAGUCUCGGGAGCCCUCUCUUCGGGACUCAAACCCAGACGAGAUUGAGAUUGACUUUGAGACCCUGAAGCCAACCACGCUGCGGGAACUGGAGAGAUAUGUCAAGUCUUGUUUACAAAAAAAGCAGAGGAAACCAUUGUCAACAAGCGGGAAGAAGCAGGCAGCCAAAUCGAAAGAGGAGCUAGCUCAGGAGAAGAAAAAGGAGCUGGAGAAGCGACUGCAGGAUGUCAGUGGACAACUGAACAGCAAAAAACCCACUAAGAAAGAGAAGUCCAGCUCAGCUCCCUCAGGAGGCCCGUCAAGGCUCAGCAGUAGCAGCUCCUCUGAGUCUGCGAGCAGCAGCUCCAGUGGGUCGAGCUCCGACAGCAGUGACUCAGAAUGAACUCAGACUGGGACAGAGCUGGACAGAUGGACGUGGUGCACGCCAGCGCAGUGUCCCCUCCUAUGGUUAAUAUACUUUCGUUCCAUGGUGUGCAGGUUUUCUUUUACUUCAGUGUUAAUGAUCUCUUCCAGCUGUGCUCUAGUAGGGCGGAGAGCCUCACACAUGCACCAGACCCACGAGAGGGCCGCGCUCCGCGGGGGAAAUGCCUUUGCAGCUCCGUUUAGUUGUUUGGAGACUGCGCCUGGGAUGCUAACCUGAUGGCCAUAGACACGGUGGGCUGGAGGCGUGGCUGGACCUGCCCAAUCCCUCCUCAGGCCCAGCCUCUCCCUUAGUAACUUGAAGGAAGCCUUGCAAGGGUGUUUCUCUGGAAUGGGUUCCUCGUUUGAAAGCUGUUAGAACACUAACAAGCAGGUUACUUCUCUCCGCAGGGGCUGGACAGAUGUCUCAGCCCAUGGGAACCAGCCUGGGCCCUAGUGGAGGGUCCUGGGAGCUGCAGACCAGAGCCUUACAUCUCUGGGUUGGGUGUGGAGGAAGAGGGGUGCUGAGUUUCCUGGUCCUUUGACUGUGUGUGCAGUGUGCAGAUUUUGGGACACCGAAACUUUUACCUCAACUUAAGGGAAUAAAAACAAACAAAAAAAAGAUUAAAAAAAACUUUUUUGUAAGUUCAUCCAUUUUCUACAGAAGUCCAGCCCAGCAUCCCCACUUUGCUAGUGCUGCCCGGCUGCCACCGCCUAACACUCUGAACCACCACCCCAGUUUUAUGUAUAUAUAAAUACUUUAUUUAUUAACAUCAUUGGUCAUUUUUUAAAAAAGAAAAAAGAAAAAAAAGAAGAGAAAAACCCGUAAAUAAGUGCAUUGAGAGGAUGCUGUUCUCUGCGACAAGGAGACAGGCCCAUGGCGGUGUGCCCCUGGUGCUGGUGCUCAUCACGGCUGGCUUCUCUGGGCUCAGUGGCUGAUUUUUUUUGUUGUUGUUGUUUGUUUUAAUGAAAUGUGGGGACUCUGCAAGCGUAGACACCCUUCAGCUGCAGCACAUCUUCGUCUUAUAUUAUCUGUUCAGUUUUUUCUUACUAACUUCUGGUCUUUUAAAAGACAUCAACGGAGGAACCUCGGUUCUUCAACACAAGCUUUUUUGUAUGUAAGCUGAGAGAAAAGUCAUGUAUAUCAGGCCUAGGUCUUGACAUUUAAUUUUCUAUUGUAAAAAGGAAUAAUAUACAGAGUUUAACGGAAGGUCCUGUUCAGUUUGUUGUUUUGGGGGCUGCCGAAUGGCUUUGGAAUGCAGGCUCAGCCUGGAUUAUCUCUGAGCGUUGGGGCCUCAGCCAGGAGCGCACUGGCCAAUCUCCCAGGCCUGGAAGCACUUGCCACUGCAGUGUGCAGAGGCUCGCCUUGACCUUUCUGCUUUUGACACGGGUCCCUGUUCAAGAAUUUCCAGUUAGCCCCAGAAGAGACUGGUUCUCCUGACCCCCACCCGAGAGCUGCCGAGUGCAGGGCCUUGUGUUGUGUGGUUUUACUUCGGGUGGGGAUGGUUCUUGCGGUUUCUUCCAUUGCUUCUAGGCAUAGCCAAGGACUCGUCCCCACCAUCCCUACAUGGGAGAUAUUUAAAGUUUCUAAAGUCCAUCCCACCAGCCCUCCAUGUGCACAGGCAGUGGGUGUCAAGCUUGGGAAGUGGCUGGCUGGCUGGCUGGCAUAUCUAGACGCCUGGUGAGUUAUCAGCCAGUUAAACUUGUAAGCCAGUUUUGUUUAUAAUAAAGAUAUAAGUGGAUUUUAAGGUUCCAUUUUUUUUAAGGUUACCCUUGUUUUUCAAAGGUAUUUUUUAAACAGAUCUUUAAUAGAAUAUUUAAGCUGUGACUGUAAGAAAUAAACAAGAGUAAACUGACAGACCUUCCUUCACAUGGGUCUCAGUGGUGGCCUACCAUGACAGCUUAGCUGGUGUGCCUAGGCAGGGCACACACAGUGCCUGGGCACAUGUAGAGUGAUUGCCCCUGUGAGCUGCUAGGCAAGCAGAUUCUGGCUCUGAGGUGAUGUCCCUGCAGCAGGGUGGUGGUACAGAGCUGGGCAUGGGGUGGAGGUCUGGCAUUCCUGUGGCUGUGGUCCCUACUAAACAGCCUUGGUCAUUGGUGCUUUUAACUUUUUUUUUUUCUUUUUGUCCAGACUUAAAUUGUUUUGUCUUCAGAGUUUUGGAGGACCCCGGUCCCCACAACUGCCAUCCCCUUCUGUGAGUUACAUACAGGGACUUAGACUGUCCUGUGCAGAGGUGGAGGGCAGCUGUCUGCAGGCUUCCUAGAGGUCACAUGCCGGGCUGGGGUGGGCACUUGGCAGAGUGCUCGGGGUUCAGACCUCCACAGGCUGAGUAGCUCAGCUUGCUUACAGACUGGAGACAUUUUCUUGUGUGGUUUUCUGGGUUUUGUCCUUCUGCAGCUGUCAUGGCUUUACAGUCACUUGGGAAAUGCAAGCCCACUGUUAAAGCUUUGUCCUGUUCAUCACUGUCCCUGCUCCUGGCAUAACACUUCCAGAAGCUUUCCUUUUUUAUAUAUAUAUCUAUAUCUAUAUAUAUAUAUUUAAAACUUUUCUUUUCUGUAUGAUGUGCAUGCAAGUUUACCGUAACUUUUCUUAAACUUUUUAGUGCCGUUUCUAGUAUAUUCCUGUAAAUGUCAGUUACUGAAAAUGAGUCCAUUGUAAGUAGUUUAGCUUGUUUUUUGCAAUGCCGGCCUCAACACCACAGAGUAAAAAA